UCUAAAAACACAAAGUGCGUUAUUUGAUGCGCUGGUGUUUAUAUAUAGGUUUUCUAUUAUUUUGUAAUUCUAUAGUUACGAGAAAGAGGUAGCUUCUUCCGGUUCGAAAAUAGAUUUCCUCAAAUCUAUACUUUCAUUAUCGUUUUAUGUGCCUGCAACUGUUGGAGGCAGCAGCUGUCUUUUUUAUCCCAGAUCGAAAUGGCCGCCAGAAUGACGCACACCUUAAUAGAAGACAAAGGUAACCUGACGUCAGCUUUAUCUGAAAUCAAAAGCCAAAACCUCCUCGCUGUUGACUGUGAAGGUGUAAACUUGAGUAGGUUGGGUGAACUGACUCUACUGACAAUAGCAACAAAGGCCGAGGUCUUCAUCGUUGACAUACAGAAACUCGGCCAGGCUGCAUUCGACAAUGGGCUUCGUGAAGUUCUGGAGGAUAAUUCUAUCGAGAAAUUGAUGUUUGACUGUAGGCAAGACUCCGAUAGCCUUUGGCAUCAAUUCAAGGUUAAACUAGCAGGCGUGCUUGACAUCCAGCUCCUGGAAAUAAUGUUCAGGAGAGUUAACUCCCCUUCACCACAAAGAACGUACAAAUCGUUCAGGCGAAGCGCGAGAAUUGACGAUGUUGAGAAUGUUUACGGAUACCGGAAGUGCAUUGAGUUGUACCUUGACGACGACGAUAUGAUUGCUAAGAAAGACAAGGGUAAACUUAUGUUUAACUACGGGAGGCAAAUAUGGAAAACACGCCCACUUCCAAAAGAGCUUGUCCAGUAUUGCGUUGUAGAUGUGUCCGGAUUGUUCCCGCUGUAUGAAAAGCUGAAACAGUCCGACUCGGAUAUGCCUCGUCUGCGAGUUGCCUCAGAGCGCUAUGCAGACAUGUUUAGAGGGAAAGAGGACCGACGUUUUGACGAAUACGAAUCAAACGCUCUGCUGCCUUUGGAGAUCAUACCCGUGACCGGGACUCUCGGUUUCCCUGGUGCGUCAACAAAGUGCACAACAUGUGAUCGGAUGUUUCCACGGGAAGAAUUCAGUGGUAUUCAGCUGCGACAGGGAAAUCAAAAAUGUCGAGUGUGUAAGAAAGUCAAAUUGAAGAUAGAUGUUCAAAUAAACAGAGAAGACAACUGGGCGAGAGACGAUAGUGGAGAUGACUAUUACGAAGAAACGCAGAUCGAUAAUUACUACUGCUGGUGAUGAUCGAUUUCAGCUCUUAUCAUAGACUCUAGCAACAUAUGUCCAAAAUGUAUUUGUCCAAACCUAUCAAUAUUUAUUAUGUAAAACAUCUUUGUUAAAUAAGAUUAUUAGCACACAAAUUCAAUUUUUAAUUGCGUAGGUAUAAUGAUAUCGAAAGAGGAAAUGGAUUGUAUACAUUUUGUAAUAUGAUUGAAGCAGAAGAUUCAUUUCAUAUCGUUUCGAAAUGUCGUUGUUUUGCUAACAUAAGAUCUAAAUUCAUCAAGAUAUUGAGUAAAUCGUUCUACUAUGUUUAAAUUAAUCCAACUGCUAAAGAGUAUUAUUACAGAGAUUCGAACUUUGGGUAGGGUAAAUAUUUAGUGCAUGCGAACAAGAAAAGGUUUCACAACUACAUUAAAUACUGGUUAAUGAUUACUCUCUACUAUAAUAAUGUACAAAUAUAAUGUCUUUAUGUUAUAGGCUUAGGUUUUUAUAGGGUACAUGAAGGACGAAGGCCAUUACUUCCCUUUAUGUCUAUAUCAUUUAUAUAACAAAUUUCAUUGUAAAAUCACUACCGUUCAUGGCUUUGUAGCUAGCUAGGUGAUUUACGUUCAGUUCAAUGUUUCCAAUGAUUGUCCAAACUGAUUUUAUAGUCUCUUAUUGUUGUAGUCUGUGUGACCGACCCAGGAAGACUUUUCCAAAUAUCAAGAGUUCUUUAACGAAAGGAAUGAUCCCACUGUCUUAUUUACAUUUAUUUUUCUUUAUUUUUGUGUGUGUAUGACCUCUCGUUCAAGAUGUUAAAUCUUUAUCAAAGAUGCCAGCAGUAACUUUGUUGGCGUGAAAAUUGGUCAUAAUUUUGUUAACAUUAUGUAUAUCUCCUCUCAUUCCUCGAUAUGUCAGUGUUGGGAUUCCUAUUUUUUUAAGACGGUCGCUGUAAGAUAGAUCCUUCAGUCCAGGUAUUGGUUUUGUUGCCCUUCGCUGUACUGUUUUAAUUGUUUCAAUGUCUUAAACAGUGUAUGGGUUCCAUACACUUGCCGCGUAUUGCAGGUGUGGACGAACAGCUGUUUCAAAGGUACUUCAUCCAAAUACACACACGCUCUUCUAAUAAGCCCCACAAUGCUGUUUGCCUUGUUUACUGCCUGAUGAAUGCGAAACGCAAACUUCAUAUCCUUAUUUAUCAAUACACCAAUGUCUUUUUCAUAUGAUAUAAUGUCCAGCCUAACUUUAUCUUCUUUGUAAUAGGCAUACGGUAGCUUCUACUUUUGUAUAUAUAUAAAAUCUUAUCUAUUGUAUGUUGAACCUGAUACUUCGGAAAACUUAAAGUAAUAAUAAACCUGAGUCGCAUGUUCCGUUCUAUGAAAACUUGGUACGUACACAGCGUCGCUAUUGUAUGUAAGAAGUGCUUGUGUAUCUACAACACUGGACGCCAUAUCAGUUACAGUGAGCUAAUUCUUGUGUUAAUAAACAUUUACGAUAGAGACAUUUUAUUUCAUGUUGUUAAGAAGUUGAUCUCCUUUAAAAAAGGAAAGAUUUUAAAAUAGAAUGAGCAAAAGACGUGUACAUGUUUGUGGCUAUUAAUUUGAUCCAGGGUAACAAAUAAGAAGAAUAUACACUGUAACUGAAAUAAUUUUACUCUUUGAAAUAAAGAUCUAUUACCAUUAACUUGCAUCACUGGGCAACGUGAAAUGUAAAAUUGUAGAUAUAGAAAAGAUUUGAUGAACAGCUUUUUUUAAUUUUUCAAUUUUAAUGCAGUUAUUACAGAUGAUUGUUUUUAGAAUGUAAAAAGGAAUAAUUUUAUGAUUGGAAGAGGUAUGAAAAAUAAAAAUGAUAAAUAAUGGCAACAUCAAUUGUUUGUAAAUCAACGAUAUUGUUAUAAUUAACACCCUUUUGAAAUAUUGUUUUUAAUAUAAAUUGCAUUCGGAAAUUAAGGAAAUUACAGAAUCACCCGUGUAUUUAGUAAAAAAAUAAAUUACCCAUUAGCUUACAUGUCAUACAAUGCCCAACUGUAUAAAUGAAAAUCAAAUCGAACACUUCGAAUGAAUGAUAAAAUAUUUAACAACCUAUAAGUUGACUAGUAAAACUACACAAUUUAGUUGUGUAAAAUACCAACACGUCACAUUUUUGAAUGUAGAUAAUUGUUAUCAUUAACUGAUAAUUUCAAAAUACAUUUACGCUAAAAAUUAGCUGUUGUGUUUUAAAAAAUGCUAUUGUAUAUCAAUAUACCAUUGCACGUCCACAAAGCAGUGAUUGCUUUCAUUGAGUCAAAUGAAAAAGUCCAAGUUACCUAUAUGUGUACAGUAAUGAGGGGGGGGGGGCCUUAUUUUCUAUGUACAAAUAAGAUCGGAUUGGCUUAAAUUAUUUCGAUGUUAUGUGUCUGUAUCUAAUGCAUUCAGACUAUUCUAGUGUUCUCAUUAAGCAAAUUAUAGUACAGUACCGUUCUUUGCAUUUCAUUGUACUUUUGAUUUCGAUACGCUUACAAGUCCCGCGAUUCAACACUGCAGACAUGGUGUUUCUAGUUAUAUAUUGAAAUGCAAUAAAUUUUAAGCAAUUAAAAUAAAGAAUGACAAUUAAUGUUUGCAAAGUAUAUUGG